AUGGGGGACUCAGGAUCCAGACGGUCGACUCUAGUGUCUCGGUUGCCAAUAUUCAGGAGAAGUGUUAGUCGGAGACAUGACUCCCUUCCUUCCUCACCUUCUUCUGCUAAUGCCAUUGGUGUCCACACCUCCUCCCCAUCCAGUACUAACUCCAGCUCAGGGAGCACAGGAAAGCGUCGGAGUAUUUUCCGUACCCCUUCCAUUAGCUUCCAUAACAAAAAAGGGAGUGAGCACAAGUCUGACUCAGCUAGUCAAAACAUUAACAUCUCAAAUGGUGUGCAGUCCUCUCUCAGCACUUUUCAAGAACUCAGCUUAGAGGAACACAUGAAAAGCAGAGCAAGGCAUUCGGUUGGCUUUGGCAGCUCACGUAACAAGAAGAUAACAAGGUCUUUGACAGAUGAUUUUGAAAAGGGCAAGGAGCAUUCAGCUAACAAGAAUGUCUUUAUAAAUUGCAUAAGCUCUGGCAAGAAUGAGGGUGAUGAUUCAGGCUUUGCAGAGGAGCAGAGCCGAUAUUCUGUCAAACAGUCCACACGAAAACUUCUCACUAAGUCUUUUUCAUCACACUACAGACUUUCCAAACCAGCUCCAGAGUGUCAGUCAGUUUCCUCUGUGCAGCAAUCCAGAUGCUUGCUGGAAGUUAAAUCGUACGUGGAAAGUGAGCCCAUGUUUGCCAAGUCCUGUCCUCCGUGCCCAGCUGAGAUGGCAGAGUGCGUGGGAAGCUCCUUGCAGUCCCCACUGCUUUCCGCUGACCUCACGGCUGCCCAGACACCCUCUGACUUUGUCGCUCUGACAGAAGAUUCUGUUUCAGAGGUGGAUGCUCUGCCCAGCAGUGGGCCUGAAGCACUGCUCACAGAGGAUUUUGGCCAUGAUGUGUCUACCUCUCAGACUUUUUUAAAUUCUGCUGAUGCUCCUGCGAGGGAAACAGAUAUAGUGGAAACUAGUGGCCGUUCUGCUGUUGUGUCUCCUGUGAGUCAUGCAAGCUUGUGUAGCAUCGAAUCUAAUACCUUACUCAAAACUUCAGCUGCUCAUCAAACAAAAGUACUGUUGCAAGCCAGUGGACUACAUAUUAAUGAUACCAGGCACAUAGGAAAAAUUAACUUGGAAAAUGCACAUUUAGGAACCUUUUCUGUACAGCGUAGUGAAGAACCAGCGAUACUGUCUCCAAAGGGGCAGAGGUUGAAUGGGUGCAGAGAUGAUCGCACGCCAUCCAAGCACCUGAGGAGCACGAUUCCCGAAACCGAGUCUAAGUGUGUUCCAUGUUCUGAAUCUCAGUACUUCAAAACACAACAGGGUUAUGAAACAAACCAUACUAAAGUUGGUCUUGCCAAUAGCCUCAGUCCAUACCGAGAAGGCAGAUUUGUUGAGAAACGACUGAGAUCUUCUUCAGAAGGUACUGCUGGAGGCAGUCGGCUGAUCAUAAAACCAAAGGAUGGAAAUACAGAAGAGCUUAACAGCCUACAUAAGCAGAGAGCAAGCUCGUCCUCUUCAAAAAUGAACAGCAUG